CCAGUGAGAUACAAGAUCAAGAUCGAAUUCUAUGAUGUAACAUCGUACUUUGUUGACUGGGAUUUUAUGUCUGAUGAGGACGUAUAACUUAACUGGGAUCUUCUCGCUGCUUGUCACAACCAUGAUAUCGACUUCUGCUGGUGAUAUCGCUUGUUUGCUCUUCUACAAUCUCUAGAAAACUGCAGGUCUAAGCGACGCUCGUACAAAUACAACCCUAGUUGAAUGUGGUCGGUUUUGAAACCCCGCCGCGUUGCUAAUCACCUGCGUCAAACCGUACCGGUUGCACACGUAACCUCUUGAUUCUAUUCUCUAUCCAUCGCCGCACAGAACAUGGGGAUAGUUGAAGAGGUCAAGGCAACCACUUCGCCCCCGGCAAUAGAAAACUUGCCGGAGUUACUCCAAUCCUACGAAACUGCCGUCUUGAUGUGGGAUACGCUACAUCCCUGGUUUGAAACCAAAGGUUAUGUUCUAUAUCCGAGGGAUAGCUAUGGUUGUAAUAUGCCAUCUAAAGACACCGUGUAUUCUCUCAGCUCCGAGCCCGUGCAACUUCCUUUUGCCUAUAUCGGUGACAUUUCACUGUGGGGUCGAAGGUUUAAUCUGCGAGGAACUAACAUAUUUCCGGCAAUCGAUUCCCAACAUAGAGACGCCAUCAUCAAAUUACUGUUCGACGAGGACGACGAAGCACGGAUAGUGAAACAUCUUGCCUCUGAACCACUACAUUCGGACCCUCUGAACCUGACUAUACCAAUCCUUGAUGUUCUAACCUAUGGUGAAGGAUGCUCAUUUCUUACGAUGCCAAGGUGGGGCGAAAUGGCCGGCCUAUAUGAGUUCGGUUUUGACAGCUUCGAAUCUAUCUUUGACUUCGUUACGGCACUGCUCAAGGGACUGACAUUCCUGCACAAGAACCUUAUCGCACACCGAGUGAGUUACGAUAUCAAAAGAAAUAAUAUCUUGGUAAACUACUACGAAGAAAACACCAUUCGUGAUCUCCGACCCUUUCUAGCAUCGAAGUGUGCGAAAUUUGUGCUCUGCGACUUCGGCAUAUCUGUCAUGUUUUCUCCGGAUUCGCCACCUGCUUGUCGAGUCCUUCCUGCAGCUGAAAGCGAGGCAGGUUCUUACGAAUACCAUCCACCUGACGCAGCAAAUGGAGAAACCGUCUAUGAUCCAUUUGCAUAUGAUGUGGCAUGUUUAGGCGGCUUCUUCUGUGAACUCAUCGGGUAUGUAACCCCUCGAGUUCCGCCUCUUGCUCCAUUCCUGGAUCGCAUGAUUGACCCUCAUAUUCCUUCGCGGUAUACUGCUGCUGAGGCUUUAGAGGCAUCUAUCCAGCUGAAGGACAGUUUCGACCCUGGAUUCCUCACUACGUCUCCACCCCCACCUCCCGAUUAUUCGACAUUUGUAUGGCAAGCCCAUGAUCGCUGGGCUGGUCUUCCGGAAGAGUUCGUCCGAAGGCAUACGGAGCAGCAGCCGCCUGUAAGGCCUAGGCGUAAGCUACAAAUGGAGGAUGACACCUCUUUCUUUGUGGACUGGGACGUUGUGAAUGUACGAGACUUGGUAUUAUGAGACAUUCUCAACGUCUCUAAAGACUUUCGACACAUCUUUGAGGCCGUUUGUAUUACAUGUACCUUGUGUAGAGCAGAUUGUUCCAAAUAAUUAGCAUAAAUCUUUCGUGUGCUAACAUGACCCCUUAGAACAUUCUUCGUACUAUGGUUAAAUUUAUUCAAUCUCGCUGAGUGUUCUGCACAAAGCCCACCGCAUUCAAGUUUGUGCGACAGCAUGAUGAAUAAAAGCUAGUCGCGUAU